AUGGUAUCCGCCGACCGCCAGCUCAUCAUGGAGACCAACCGGUCUCUCCGCAAUAUCAAGACUGAACUCGAGAAUCUCCUUGAAAAAGGCGUCAUUGAUGAGGGGGUCUUCGACCGAAUCCACGCGGCUCUGCCGCCAGAAUCAUCCCUCUCCGGGCCUCUCCGCACAACCAGCGGCAACGCCUCGACGACUGCUGCUCGAGAGAGUCCCGCUCCCGCCGCGGGUAGCACUGCUUCUCCUGCGCCUCCCACGCAGCAGCUGCAAAACCUGGGCAUGAACAACAGCAAUCCCGAAACCACGACACCUUCGCCAGGACCGCCAUCAUAUGACCAGACUCCCGCGCCAAGCUUGCCCAGCCGCUCCGCCAAGCCCAUUCUUGCCCACGCACGGGCUUUGUAUCGUUAUGUCGCUUCCGAUAAUCGCGACGUGUCUUUUGAGAAGGACGACCAGAUUGUUGUGUAUCAGUACAUGAAUCAGGACUGGUGGAUGGGCCAAAACACCCGAACCAGCCAGGAGGGCAUCUUCCCCAGGAACUACGUCCUUGUCGAGCACGAGGAGAAAAAGUCUGCUUACGUUCCCUACCCUCAGCCCCAGUAUGGAUAUCCCCCUGCUGGACAGGGCCCACCACAGCAGCAGAACCCGUAUAGCUCCAGCGUGCCGCCUAUGGCUGUCGCCGAAGGCGGGCAGCCUGCCAAUGGACAACAGCAACAAGGAGACAGUAAGGUUGGAGAGUAUGGCAAGAAGUUUGGCAAGAAGCUCGGCAAUGCUGCCAUCUUUGGCGCGGGCGCUACUAUCGGUGGCAAUAUUGUCAAUAGCAUCUUUUAA